AUUCUUAUCGCGAGCGGCAUUUCCACGUCAGGUUUAUUGUUGUUUUCAAAAUAAUCACUCGGCGGAUAUGCGCUUUAAGGGACUCACUUCCACUCUGGGACUCCUCGUCCUCCUCCAGUUAACCAGAGGGGACUCCCCCGAGGAGGAACAGGGAGUUCGGUACGCAAAUCGCUGUGAGGCUUGCAAAAUUUUGGCCACCGAACUGGAGGCCCGGCUUGGAGAAACUGGAAGAUCCCACGACGUUAUAGAGAUUGGUUACUCUGUGGACGAUGUCAAGCCCAAGAAACGCACCGAGUACAGAAGGAGUGAACUCCGCCUUCUGGAAUCCGUGGAGAACGUCUGCGAACGAGUGCUGGAGUACAAUCUCCACAAGGAACGCUCGGACAGCACAAGAUUCGCAAAAGGAAUGUCGCAGACCUUCCAAACCCUUCAUGGACUGGUAGACAAGGGUGUGAAAGUCGAUUUGGGAAUUCCCUACGAGCUGUGGGACAAGCCACCAGUAGAAGUCACCCAAAUGAAGACUCAGUGCGAAAACAUGCUGGAGGAAUACGAGGAAACAAUCAGUGAUUGGUACUUCAAGUACCAGGAUCAGAAAUCCCUAAAGAAACAUCUCUGCGAGGAUCAUGUCCUCAAGAAAAAAGAGGAAAGGGAGUGUCUCAAAGAGCAAAUUGCACCACCAAAAGCCAAAAAAGCCGAAAAAGAAAAAACAAAAGGCGAUAAGGAAGAGCUGUGAACUUAAAACAUCUCCAAGAAUUGUGUGUCCAUUUCGAAAAAAGCACGUGAAAAAAGUGUUUGAACAAAAAGUUCAAUUCUAAAAAUUAUUUUUGAUUGCCUUAAUUGAACUGUAGGUUAUACAAAAUUUUUUCGCUUCUUUUCGAAAUGGAAAACACAGUCAACUUUAGUUACCUAUAGAUCAAAGCAAAAAGUGUUUUAGUAUUCUAAGAAAACUCACUAUGUCUCCUAAUUUUAUUUGUAAACCUUCCACAUUGACUGAACUACAGAGUGUUACUGAAAUUUUCGCCUGGGGCCAUUGGCUUAUUGAUUUCGGCCACGAAUUGGGGUCGACAAUUAAAAGUUGACUGCCCUCAAUGAGGUAGCAUGCUUGGACCCCAAAACACCACCGCCAGAAAUGCCAGGCUGUCGCCUAAGUAUUUACAGAAAAACAUAUUUAUAAAUAAGAUUUCAAGCAUUUCCAGGAAGCCAUUGUAUCGAAUCAAAAUGUUUUCAUUAUAAAACUGAAAUUUUAAUAAAAAGUAUUUACUGUGAAAAUUUAAAAA